CUCCAUCUCUCUCUCACCUCCAGCCAGUCUGCAUUGACUCUCCGCAGGAGGAAGAUCACAUCUCCAGCCUUGAGACUGAGCUCCAGGCAUCCGCUGCCGCUGAAGUCAAACACCGCCUAACUCACACACACACACAGCAAGGACACGCACGCAGGAAACACACACACCGAUAGAGAGAAAGAGAACAAAACAUAUCCUGAGUGAGGCUAAACUGCAGUUGUCAAGAUGGCCAUGAAAAACCUUUUGAAAGAAGAUGAUAUCAAGAAAGCCCUUAAUCAAUUCAAAGCUGUGGACAGCUUCGACCACAAGAAGUUCUUUGACGUGGUGGGACUGAAGGCUCUGUCUGCUGAUAACGUGAAGUUGGUCUUCAAAGCUCUGGACGUGGACGCCAGUGGCUUCAUCGAGGAGGAGGAGCUAAAGUUUGUGCUGAAGGGCUUUUCUGCAGAUGGCAGAGAUCUCACUGAUAAGGAGACCAAAGCAUUCCUCACUGCUGCCGACAAGGAUGGAGAUGGAAAAAUUGGCAUAGAUGAAUUUGAAGCUUUGGUGCACGAGUAAAUCGUCAAUAUUUGGCAACCCUUUUACACCACUACUCUCCUGUGAAUACCUACAGCCAAUCAUAGUGUACGUCUCUACACAUCCUGCCAUGAGCCAGGAGCAGAAGCGCCUCCUUUAACCCUGUUUAUUUAUUUAACUUUUCUUUUUUACAUACUCUGUAUAUUUUAGUUAGCUAACCAUGUCUCUCAUAAGAACCUAGAGAUUCCUGUACUGCUUUGACCUCCCAUCUCUUCUUUUUUGUUUAUUUUGGCACAUUUCUCUGUUUAUGCCUCAAAAUGCUCUUUUCUUCUUCUUAUCUCACUCCAUCUGUCAUCCUUUCCCUUUUUUGCUUCUCUCUUGUGAUAGAGCCACUGAACACGAUGAAUACAUGAGGAGAUGGAUGAGACGAAAUGAGAGAAAAAAUAUUUAAGAAAGAUCAAAUAAAGCCAUGCGUUGAGAAAAAA